AUGUUAAAGCACCAAUUGAGACUCAUUAGUGGCUACAGGAGGAAUCACACCGCCCCGUCAUUCGUAGACGGCGUCAGGCAGAGAUUCGACUUCCGCGAAACUACGCUGUGCAUUAACAACUUGUUUCAUUUGGAUACAUCGACCAAGGUCAUUUUGAAUGGAUGGAUUGACAAGAAGCCCAAGAAGAUCGGCAAAAAUUUGAUUUUUGGAACACUGAGAGAUACCAAGGGCGACCUAAUCCAGCUAGUCGACUCGGAUGCGCUAUUAAAAAGUUCGAAUGUCGAAGAUGUCGUCCAGAUCGAAGGCUCUUUACGUUUGAAAAAGAGUAAAGAAGAUUCUUCCAAUCGUCAGCUUGAAAUCCAGCUCUCCAGCUUGCGGACAUUAAACAGUGCUGGCAAGAAACCUUCGCAAUCCCUGGACUUCAAAAUGCAAGGCAACUAUCCUCCUGACUUGAGAUAUCUCCAACUUCGACAUCCCAAAUACCAAGGCUUUCUCAGAAAGAGACACGAAAUUGUACGAGAUGUGAGGGAGCUUUUGAAUUCGUUUAGUUUCACUGAAAUAGAAACUCCGAUACUAUUCAAAUCCACCCCGGAGGGAGCUAGAGAGUUUUUAGUGCCUACAAGAACUGUACAAAAUGAAAAGCCUGCAUUCUACGCACUGCCACAAAGUCCUCAACAGUAUAAGCAACUUUUGAUGGCGAGCGGUGUACAGCGCUACUACCAGAUAGCGCGAUGCUUUCGUGAUGAAGACCUCAGAAGUGAUAGACAGCCAGAAUUUACGCAGGUCGACCUUGAAAUGGCAUUUGCAUCGGCCAAGCAAGUGAUGGAUGUUGUGGAAAGCAUUGUUACUAACUCUUGGGACAAGCAUUCUUCCAGCGGGCCACUACGUACUCUGGGUCCCGGCAAUAAGAUUGUGCAAUUGACGGACGCACAAAGGAUUACCAAGAUUACAUAUGCAGAGGCUAUGACGCUUUAUGGAAUUGACAAACCCGACUUGAGGUUUCCAGCUUUGAAAAUCAUUGAUAUGUCUGAGUUCAAAGCGUAUGGGACCGAAGACAAGGACUUUCCAGUGUUCGAGAUAAUGGUUCUACGUAAUGCUUUCAAGGACAGAAAUGACUAUGAUGAAAACUGGCGUUCACUCUCUGACGAAAAUCAGUACAAGUUUAGGGCGCCAAUUGUGGUGCCUAUUGACAGCAAGGCGAUGGAAACUAAAUGGUUUGAAAAGUAUAUGGGUGUUGCCAAUUUCGAGAACCCGACGUUGAUGAAUCGCUAUUUGAAUUUGAAAGAGGGAGAUAUAAUAUGUGGUGCGACUAGAGAAUCGACCCGAACACUCUUUGAAAACCCCACCCCGCUGGGUCGUCUAAGACAAUUGGUAACCCAGAACAAGCGUGGUCUCGAGCUAUACAAAGAAAACCACAGUGAUGUCGGAGUGUGGGUUGUUGACUUUCCUCUUUUUUCACCAGUGGAGAAAGAAUUGGUAACCGCUGGUAAAAAGCAUCGUUUCCCGAGCUACAAAACGGGCGUGUACACUUCCACCCAUCACCCUUUCACCAUGGUCCAAUUGAAAGAUCUCCCAAAGUUACAUACGAAUCCACUCCAAUGCCUUGGACAACAUUAUGAUUUUGUUGUGAAUGGCACCGAGCUUGGUGGAGGGUCAGCUAGGAUACAUGAUCCGAAAUUACAGGAUUUCAUCUUCAAAUCUAUUUUGGGAAUUAAAGAGCCCGCGAAGCUCUUUGGGCAUCUCAUAUCCGCUUUUGAGAGUGGUACACCACCACACGCAGGGUUUGCUAUCGGUUUCGACCGCAUGUGUGCAAUGCUAUGUGGAACAGAGAAUAUCAGAGAUGUAAUCGCCUUUCCGAAGAGUGUGAGCGGAUCUGAUUUGGUGGUAGGAAGUCCGAGCAAUGUACCCGCGGAAGCGGUCAAGGAGUAUAACUUGAACUGGAAGCAUGCGGCUCCUCAAAGCUAG